AUAUACAUAUAUAAUAUAUAAAAUCACAUUUGUUCAGGCAAUGUUCCACUAUAAUGCAUUACAUCAGACAAAACUUCUUGUAAAACUAAAAAAAAUUUUCAUUCAAGUUUUCAAUCACAAUGUUGUAUAAUGACUCACAUGAUCAUAUAUCAUGAUUUGAUUCCAUUGAAAGUCAAUAUACUGGAUGUAAUAUUGACUUGUUGCCCAGCCCUGUUCUCACCUUUUGUUUAAAGAAUUGUGAUAUUAGUAAUUCAUUAACUUGGACAAAAGUAACUGUUAAAAGUCUUGCAGUCCGCUACUUUCCUUUACAGCAAAGCGUUUAGUUCUGUUAUUGUCUGGUCCAUUCAAUCAGUCAUUUAAAUUUGCUUCAAAUCUCUUUUCCCUCAUUAGGAAAUCUUCUUAAUUUGUGCAUUUUGUUGCUGUGUUGCAGACAGUGCCUUAGUCAAGAUGUUACAAAUACUGAGGUCACAUUCAAAUCCCCAGAGGCGGCACUCCAAGCCCUGAAGAAAUGUUUGACUAGCGACCAAAAAAAGUUUUUAUUUUUCAUUUUAUUUAUUGGUUUAACUUUAACUGUUUUUCAGUAAGUUUUAUUUUUCUAAAUGUUGGUUUAAAGCCCUCUUCACAUUGCCAAUUUAUAAUUUUGGGGACUAAUACUAACAAACAAACAAACAAACAACAACAAACCUAUUGACAAUUUUAUUUUGCAUCUUUAGAUUUUAAAAGCUACAGUACCAUAUUAUUUUUGUUGCAACCAGGGCAGCAGCUACCAUCAGGACACUGAGGUCAUGUCCUCUGUAUCUUUGUGGGAAUUUGGGGGUUUAGAAACCUGGUUGGAGUAGUAAGUAACACAAGGUGGGUAUUUUAAAGGACGAUUAAAGUAUGUUUAGACUCUAUUCUUUUUAAAUUUUACUACUUUCAGGACAACAAAUAUAUAUAUAUAGGAUUCAGUAUUUCUCCACUAUAAUUUUACAUCUAGCAUUGUGGGGAGGGCUUUGAGAUAAAUGUGAUAAAAAAAUGUAAUUUAACAGUUAAACAUUUACAUAUCCAGGUUCUUGAAUCAUUUUAGAGAUGUUAUUCUUGAGUGUCUAAUCAAAAUUGAAUGUCCUCAGUAUUUCUAAAAUCCUGGUUCUGGUCUUGGUUGCAACUUUCAUCUCGCAAAAACAGACUUUCUGAAGAAAAAGGACAGUUAAGUGCUGUUAUUGUUACUUUUACUUCAUUAAUUGAAUAUUUAAGUCAAAUAACAGCAGACUACUACAGCUUUAGAAGUAUUUCGGAGUAUCAGAGACUCCUGUGGCCACAUAAAAAAGGUGCACACGGUGAUGUCACUGGCCUGCAGACAUCUCCAUAGGCUACUGUCGCUUUAAUUGCAGUGCAGUCCAGGGAGGCAGGAUCCUGUGCGUUUAUUCCGUCUCCUGGACUCGCAGACUUUGCGCCAGCCACAGCAGCAGAUUGAAUGAAGUGCGAUUGCAGGCUGCUGGCCAAACGGAGGACACCGUGCUGGCCUGUUCAGGAUGCCAGAGAUGUACAGCCAGCUUUUGAGAGGGCGGAUUUGAGCCUCGCUACAUUUCUCCAGUAGCCCCCUUUUUAUUUAUUUAUUUUUUUUAAAGCUGCAGGGCCUCGAGAAAGCAAUCUCCGCCUUGAUGGUAUCUGGACAGCAGCGCACUGCUCAGGCGACUGGCAGCUCUCUGCACGGAUGAUGAAGAACUUGGGAAAGGAAAUGGUCAAGAUGGCAGCUGUGUACAGAGUGAUAAAGCUGAUGUGGUGGCAUUAGGUGUAGUAAUUUUCAUUUUCUCUGGCAUGCACGUCGCAGGACCGCGGUGCAGGACGCGGGCGCUUGUAAAGGAACGCCGUGUGGAUUGCUCUAAAGUCUCCGCUGACUCUUCCUGUCUUUAACUCCACAUUUCGCGAAAUUGCAAUGCAUGUUGGCCAGGGUGUGGGCUGUGCACGAGAAAAGGCAAUGUUUUGUUGAUGCUGGUCAGCCCGAUCAGCCCUGUGUGCUGCGGAUAGACGGCUUGCAGGAGGAUUGAAAGGCGGACACGUGCUGGGACUGGGCUGCAGGCUGGACAUUUGCAUGUCGUGCAUAGUACAUAAACUGUCUCUGAAGCCUUCACACAACAUUAAUGGAAUGCGACCUGAGUGAUUUUAUAACCCUUUGUGCAACGACUGAUAUAGUGCGAUUAACAUGGCUGAGGCGCCACGCAACGAGCCUCCCUUAAACGUUGAGAUAGAUCCGGAUUUCGAGCCUCAGAAGCGACCACGGUCCUGCACUUGGCCCCUUCCCCGUCCGGAGUCUGGUGCGGGCAAGCCCGGUACAAAUGACACUGACGUAAUCCCUGAAGAAGAGGAUGAUGAGGGUGGCAGCGCGGGCAGCUGCGAUGCUCAGAAAGCCAGCGGCGGGGUUAUUAAACCCCGUGAGCCGAGCAGCAGCUCCAUCUCCCAGCUUGUGGAGGUCCAGCGCGGCCCCUGCAAGGAGGAGGCCGCCGACGGAUCGCCUUCCUCCGCGCAAACCCCCGCCGCGGCUCUGGGCGGCUCUGCCUCCCAGCAGCUGAGGAAGUCCUCCGCCCGCAGGAACGCCUGGGGCAACUACUCCUAUGCAGACCUCAUUACCCAAGCCAUCGAGAGCUCCCCCGAGAAAAGGCUGACCUUGUCCCAAAUCUAUGACUGGAUGGUGAGGUCUGUGCCAUAUUUCAAGGACAAAGGCGACAGCAACAGCUCUGCUGGCUGGAAGGUAGCUGAAGCUUUGCCGGUUCAGUCUCCAGCUGACGUCAUGCAGAGAGAGCUGGAUAGUUGCUUGAGUUUAGAGUACACUCCUGACAGUCUGCCUCCACUACUGCACCAGUUCUAUACUGACAGAUCAUAUCACUUGGCUCAGAUCAAAUAUCUGCUCAUGCUGAGAUGGAGGAGAUUCUGCCGCCACACCAGCGUCACUGAGAAGCUUUAUCCUCAUUACAAGAAUCAGGUGUCAUGUUUAACGAGUGAGUACGAGGACGCUGUUCAGAGAGCUCGCAGACUGUCGGUGAGCAGAGAGAAGAUCUUGACCGGCCAAGGAAACCCUGCCAGUCUGCUCACUCAGGAAGAUGUGGUCAUUUACCUGCGGUGGCUGGUCUGCCAUCUGCACUCUGUUCAGACCGUUCACAACUUCCUCAGGGUGCUGCACUACAUACCAGCUUGUGAGAGAAAAAAUAAAGAACCACAGCCAAAGGUUUAUGAGGAAACUUUACAUAAGACUCAACAUGUUGACGGUGUUUCAGGACUGGCUGAUAAUGUUCCCCUGCACACUGUUCACCUGGAGGAGUUUCUACCUGAGCUGCAGGCUUUGAUCGCUCACUUCCACCUGUCUUAUGACACUCAAAAACUCAGGACCACCGCAGACGAGAUGGAGUUAUUCAGCGUGGUAUGGAGGGAGUUCAGAGCGAUUUUCAGACAACAAGAGCAGAUGAAAACGUUUCCUCAGUACGAUGGUACAGAGGUCAAACAGAGCCAGUGGGGGAGGAAGAGUGCAUGUUUGGCUCUGAAGAAGGAGGCCAACUGGAUCCCCUUCAUUCAGGUAAAGCCCAAAUGGGAUCCGUGGCAGCAGAAGCUCGUCACAAAGCUGAAGGAAAAGAAAUGUGUCGAUGAGCUGCUGAAUAUGCACAGCAGGUUUCUUCAGGUCCCUGAUCUGCCCCACGUGGCCGCGGCUGUAAAAGAACACGCUGCUCAAGUUGGGAACUUACAAUCUGCACCGACCUCAUCGGUCUCACACAGCAGUAAGACAAAACGGCACAAGAUCUCCGAGAUCUGGACGAGUAUUUACAGCGCUGCCUUUCUCACUCAGGAAACACAUGAUCAGCCAACCAGAUCAAGAGGCAGAGGAGGCCAUGAGAAGAAGAGUGUGAGGAGUCAAUCCUCAAGCGCAACAAAUGAAAGCUACUCUUUCGAGGACAGCCUACAGCUGCUGGGUCUGGAUGAUGGUUUAGAGGAAGGAACCUCAGAUCCCAUCAUAACCAGAGGUGCUUACCUGUCUCUGAUUUACCUGCGUCAUCUCAAACUCAGACAGCUCCAGCGCAUCUCUCUUGGGUUGCUGAACUACCUGCGCUCUGUGGAGAGGACUUUGACCUUUGACCUGGCAGGUCUGCAGCUGGAGGAAGGAGAGCUGUGCAGCACAGCAGAGGAAACAGGCUGGAUGAAUGCAGCCAGAGGAGGAAGAGGAGAGGCAGGAGGUCUCGGCUCACUCCAGUACAGCCACAACACUCCUGUUGACUGUAAGGUCCAUUGCUCAGAGUUCAUGGAGUUUGCAGAGGUAGAGAACCUUCAUGAUUUCUACAGCGCAGAGGAGCGGUUCAUCCAUACUCAGGACCAGAGAGGGUUUUACAUCGUGUACGACGCUGCUCUGAAGGACCUGCAGGAACUGGAGAACGAGCUUCUUCUAGUCGGCUCACGCUUCAUCCAGAGAAACAGGAUUAGGAUAAUGGGAAACGCAGAGAGAGCCGCCACCUCGACAGCAGGCAUCCACUCCUGGGCCGGGACAGAUGUCGACCGUGUUGCACUGCUUCUUGACUUGUGGACAUGUGAGACGGAGUUUUUGGAGAGCAAAGUACAGCUCUUGAACUGUUACUACGAGGCCUACCAGCAUGCAGCAGGGACUGAGGAGAGGUUUGCGUUGGCUCAAGUUAUUACUGACAUCAUGCACAGUAGGCCACAACUGGACCUGAACCAGGAUUACUUUGUUCAGGCCUACAGAGCUGAGAUAAGCUGCCUGCGAAGCCACCAGCAGCUGAUCAGAGACAUUUUGAACAAUCAGAUUGAAAAACAACGGCAGCACCUCCAACGCAUCUGGAGAGACGACCACAAAGGCUCCAUUCAUGACUAUGGCCUUCCACCAAACUACGUUCCCGAACAUCUGGUCUCACUUGGAGGCAGCAGCCCUGCGCUGAUGAACAUAUUCCUCCUGGAGGUUCAUCCGUCCCUCUGCCUGGCUUCUGCAGUCUAUCACAGUUUAGCUCAGGCUUACACAGAGCUCUGUCAGCUGCACCGAGCCACAAGCAUCACUGACAAACUCGUUCUGCGACAGAAGCUCCUGCAGCAGGCCCUGCAGAGCUGGAGCCACCUGGCUUCACCCGGAGCCUCCUACAGCUCUCAGAUACAGAACGAUUUGUUCUCAGAUGUGUUUUUUGAGGACCCGAUUUUGGUCCAAAAGGUGGGGCUGUCGUUAGUAAGAUCGGCAGAGGAGAAGGACAUGGCGCAGGGAAGAGAGAGACAGUUGUAUACUGUGGAAACUUUCUCGAAGCUACUAGAGCUCGUCACCAUCCGCCAUCGUCUGCUGGAGUCGGCUGCAGAGACUGCACAUCUGGCACAGUUGUACAGAAACGUGGCUUCAGAGCUCGGCUUCGAUGACUUCCACCUUUACCUGAGGCCGGUGCAGUUCGAGGUCGCUGAACAGAAAGACAAAGCAGAGCAGAGGCCUGUUUUUAUCACAGCGAUACUGGAAGAUGACAGCUCCGUGGACAGGUUCACCCCGUCCCGCCUCCCUCUGAGCAUCCAGGAACUGGACGAGAACCAGAUCGGGAGGUUCAGCUUCAGCUCAGAGGAGGCAGUUAUUCACCUUAUGAACAAACAGAGUAUAGAAAACCUCCAGGUGACUCUGGCCUGUCAGGUUACACAGAAGAACGCUUUGUUAAGUGCUGUGAAACUGGUUUGUCUUUGUCAUUGGGCAGAGAGUGUGACGUCUUCAGCUGAGAGUGAAGUAGCCCUUCGUUCUGAUAAAGAUGUAAAAUUUGAUGGAAGUGACACCAACAACCUGCAGGAAAAAUCUAAUGCUUCACCUUCCAAAGGCUCAGCAAGAACUCCCACCACCACCAAAGAGAGGCUGAUGGAAGCCUUUGUGUCCAUCCAGCUGGAAAAAGUGGGUCUGCGUGACGAGAUGCUGAAUUCAUUUAUGGAGAAGAAACAGGCCGUGGGGGGUCUUAUAAAAACCCCAGAGGAAACUGCAAAGAUCAAAAGGAGGCUCAUAAUCGACUAUCUCAACAAAUUCAGCACACAGAUAUCUCAGUAUUGUGUGAGAGCGCAGAUUGUUGCACAUUACUACAGUCUAACCUUCUUUUUGGACGACAUCCCCUCCAUCCGUCAGUCCCACUUUAUGAUUGGGAAAACCGGCGAGCCCAAAGUGAUUUUGGAUUCAGGAGUUGACCUGGAGCCCAGGACCUUUCAGUGUCGGCCGCAGCAGCUGUUGUCUGCAGAUGGCAAAACUCUCCUCAACUUGUGGUUUAUCCCUCACUUCUCUGAAGUGCUUCACAUGUUCAAAACCCUGAAUGUUUCGGCAUCUGCCACAGCUCUCCAUCACAGUCUGCAGAUAGUGUCAGGUCUUCAUGACAUAAUUUAUUACCUGGUUAGUUUCUCCAGACUGGGAAACACAGAAGACACCUCUAGCUACAUGAGAGGACAGGACGUACCAGGCUCACUCGCAGCUGACUGGGGAGGCACUGAAGGCAUCGGAGCAGAGCUGCUGGAGAUCCAGAGUCAGGUCGACCGUCUGUCUGAUCCCAGCAGCCCAGAGUCUGUCGGCCGCCUGCUGCAGCUGCGCAGGCAGGUCGUCCUCCUGCAGUUUGAUACUGCUGUUAGACACCUCGUCAGGGAGGUGUUCCUCUCCUCUGGUGAUGUUGCUUCCUACCAGAGUGUGAGCGACAACAUGGCGACUGCCCUCCCCCUGCUGAGUGACAGUAUCCAGACUGACGUGUUCAGUCUCACUCUGCCUGUUCCUCGACCUCUAGAGACUCGAGGCUGUCAGGCACACAGGAUGUAUCCAUGGAGAAGCUUCAUAGCCUGUCAUGGAUUGUUCGCUCUGCAUGUUUGGGACGUCUCUCCCAUCGAAUACUGCAUGCAGCUGUGUUUGAGUGGUCUGAGUGAUCGCAGCAGACUGCAGGCCAACGCAGCGAUCCUCGGUGUGUCGCUGCUCAUGGAGGACAUCUUGAACAGUGGAAGAGAGGCAGAGCCUGUUCGUCUCCAUGGCAACAAAGAUGACCUUCUGCACGAUGGAAAACCUAAUGAAGGGGAUAAACUCCCCUUGGAAGCUGAAGAAGAAGAGAAGAAGGCUUGUGCGUCAGACUCCACUGCUCUUCUUCAGGAUCCAAUCAGAGUCCAGUCUGUGCUGAAAGGUUUCCUCCUGCUGACGAAGCAGCUUCAGGUGUUCAAGGAGAGCUGGGCUCGAAGACGUUUGGGUGUUCAAAUGUUCAGAACGCCCAGUGUGUAUCAACAGUUUGUGAAACUCUACAGAGCUGAAAUCUUUUACCCCAGUAUGAGAGCUCUGGCUCAACAAAUGUGUAAGGAGCGGGACUAUGAGGUCUUAAUUUCUGGCAGCCAGUCUCUCCUGCCCCCCCCUGGAGCAUCAGAGGUUGAUGUGAAAGCCUGGCAGCUUCACAAACUGCUGGAGAGCACCGAGUGUGACAUGAUCAGGGCGGUGCAGAGGAAGACGAACAGAGAGCUGACCCUGGUGGUUUCAGAGCGAACUCGACAGGACUCAGGCCUCCCUACAGAGCUGUGGAAGAAAGCCCCACUGAAGUACAGUUUGUCCCCUGAGCGGCCGCAGAUUGUGGAGACGUUCAUCCAGCAGCUGAUGGAGGGAGCUGAAGAGGCCGAGGGACAGCUAAGGGUCUCUCAGGAUCACCUCCAGCAGUGUCUCACCCACCUCGGCUGUUCCCUGAUGGAGCGAGAGCGUCGCAGCUUCCUGCUUUACUCACAGUUUUAUGAACAAAUCCUGCAGCAGGAGACUCAGCUCCUGUAUCAGAGAGAACAGGAUUUAAAGACUCUUAAGGACUCUCAGACAAGCAACUCUCACAAAGAGGUGGCUGCUGUAUGUCGUGGGAUGAUGUUGGAGAUCUCAGCGCUGCAGGCUCAAGUUGCUCACCUGGAAGAAGAGAAGAGUAUUCUAGAAGAGAAACUCAGUCUCAAAUUCAAAGAACGCUACGACCCUUUGGUCCGACACCUCUCCUCCACUUGCAUCCAGCUAACGGCCAAGCUUGAUGAGCACCACCGGCAGAUGGAGCAGAAUGUGAGUGAGAUGGUGAACAGAAUAAGAGGUGAAGGAGUGGACCGAAUUAUCAAGCUCAAGAAGAAGUACGGCUGCACCAAAGACAAUGAUGGACUCACACAGUUAAAGAAAGAAGAAGUCCAUGAGUUGAACCUGGAGAACAGCCGGCUGACUGCUCUGCUCUGUAAACUGAAGGCUCUGAGCCGCUGGAGGCAGCUGGUCGACCAGGAGAAACUUCACCGACAGCUGCUUCAAACUCAGCAGAGGGAGAUUACCUGUCGCACUGAGGCUCUCAGAGUGAAGAUGACAUCAGAGGAGGAGGUGGUUUUCCUGCAGGAGGAGCUGGAGGCCGCGAGGAAGGCGUUGAUCCGCUGUCAGGCCGAGUGCAGCAGCACCAAGCAGCUGCUCAGCAGGAAGACAGAGGAGCUCCAGGUGGCCAGGCAUCAGUCUGCACAGGAGGCCCGCAGCAGGCAGGAGCUGGAUAGCUAUCGAGUGCAGAGCCUGGAACAAAUGAGAGCCGACAUGGCGGACAGAGAGAGACAGCUGAGGGCGCUCAGCGAGCAGCUGGACAGGGGCAGCAAGAUGAACCAGUUACACAGACAACGCAGUGCCAAAGAGAUCCGACAGGUGAGGGGCCAGCUACAACAGGAGCGCAGCCUCAAACAAGAAGCCUUUCAGCAAGUGGACAGACUGCAGAACCAGGUGAACAUGGAACCAGCUUUCUCCAGAUGCACCUCUACAACAGGGCAAAGCAGGACUUAUUACACGCUGUCAGUCAGCAGAUUGAGUACUAGAAGUCCCUCAGCAGGUCCACACAGGGCCAGUCAGCAGCAGCAGUCCGCCCUGCAGCUUGGCAGCCUUACAAACUACACCGCACUUCAGGACUUUGCUGCAGAGCCAAGACACCAGAGAGCAGAAACAGCCAGGAGCCGUACUAACAUAAGAAUUGACAGACCUAAAGCAGAUCCGUCUCGCCUGCGUGUCCUGCCUGCUGAGACGUUAUUGCCAGACCUGUGAGAUUUAGCCCUGGGUAUCUUAUAAAGCAACACCAACUAGUUUAACAAUGCUGUUUGACAUGCAGGGUGACCUGUGGUUUCUGGUGCUGACUGUUGAAUAUUGAUGUACUACUGAAGAUCAAGAUUCACUGUGUGUUUUGCAGCUGUGUGUGAAGUGAACCAAGUCAUAUUUAUGUUAUUUUCAAAGCUAAGACAUAAACCUCAGCGAGGGUUUGGCUCAUUUUCAUUCAACAAGGUGUUUUACUGUCCAGUAUAUUUUAGAACGUCAUCCACCACAGUCAUAUAUACAUGCGUGUCUUCCCUUCAAAACACAGUUCAGCACCAUUAUACUGCUUUGGUCCAUAUUUCAGUCUCACAUGACACUUUGUUCAUGUAAAAUUGAGUAAUGAUGUAAUCACUUCUAAUCAAUUGGAAAUAAAAUGUCUUAAUAAAA